UUUCGCUUAUUGCUAUCGCAGCGGGAAGUUGGUUUAAGUGCCUAACAACAUGGAGAAUCAGAGCCGGGUCUUCGCUGCUAUAAUACCGACAGCUGGUCGGGAGUCAGUCGAUAAUGAAGCGGAGCACGGACUCGAGGUGCGGGCCGCUAAUCGCCACAGUAACCGGGGGAGGGAGGUCCAGGUGACGGGGACAGCGGAGGUUUGCUGUCCGGCGGACCGAGCGGCGGUUCGGGUCAGUGUGGGCAGCAGCAAAGAGUCCGUCAACGAGGCGACCGUCAGUGUUUCACGGAGACUUGAAUACAUUUUACAGGCUGUCAGACAGCAUGGCGUCAGUGACAAAGACGCCUCAGUGAGGAGGUUUCUUCACCGAGAGGCAGAGCAGUAUCGCAUGGAUGCAGAGGUUGUUGUCACCUUCUCAGAUCUUGAGAAGAUGGAGCAAGUAUGCCGUGUCCUUGUUGAGAAGCUGGACAAGAGUGUUUGUGUGGGAACGCCACAGUAUUACCACAGUGCUGAGUGCCUGAAUAGACUGAGGCGGCGUGCAUGUGUGUCAGCGGUGGAAAAUGCCCAGCAGAAGGCCUGCGAAGUCAGUCAGCUCCUCGGGCAAACUCUGGGACCCCCGCUACUGAUCAGAGAGGAGGAGACGAAGGAGUGGAUGAGCGAGAAUGACGAGGACGGAGGUGGAGGUCAGGGCGCUGCAGCCCUUCCACACCUCCCCUGCAGACCCACAUUCACUGCCUCCUCACGGGUAUCUGUGUCCUUCAGCCUCAGAGACAAAAGCAGGAAAAAACUCUGACGACAUUUGAACUGACUCAUGAAACAGCGGACUGUCACUUUUUAAAGUGUUUUUAUUUCUUGGCUGAAUUAAAGUGCGGUUUGUCAAG